AUGGAUGGUGUAUCACAACGUAAUAAAUUAACAGAACGAGUGCGUAAUGUACAUGAAUGGGCUGGAAGACAGUUCCAUCGAGCUUCAGAAUUUAUUCGUUCUGCAUCGCUUUCAGCAGCGUUAACACCAGUUGAAGUGUUUGAACAGGUGCAAGCGUCUGAUGGAUACUUCUUCGAACAGUUUGGAGUCAGUACCACCACAAUGUCUUCAGUACUUGAAAGUGUUGCAACGGGUGACGAUGAAGAGCAAUUAAAUAAUUUUAAAGUCUACAGCGAUAUUCAAGAUUUGUAUGUGGAAGCUUUAUACACUAUUGUCCACAAGGUUGGGAAAUGUCAAACUGUGCCUGAUGAACAGCUUUUAUCAUAUGUUCAAGAGGCAUUUGAGAUGGAUGAUAUUCGACAUCAGCAACUUCUUUUACGAGCUCAAGAAGAGAAGCCUCCAGUAUUUCUGCUGAAUGUUCUAUUAUUAGAAGCACGUGAUCUGAUUGCAAAGGAUGUAAAUGGCUUUAGUGAUCCGUUUUCAAUGAUGGGUGUUAUACCAAGUAUAUAUCGUAAAAUGGGUUCACCUGAGACAGCGGCUGCAGCUAAAGAAUUAUUUGAGGAUGGUGAAGAUACAGCGAAUUCUGAUGUUGAUUGUUCAAAAUUACCACGGUCAGCUGCUGUUGACAAGCGACGGCAAUCUGGAAGUCUAUUUCAACGUUUUGGUGGUUCGUUUAGACUUGGGGGUGUUGGAAAUAGAAAAAAAAAGUAUGAAGCUAGAUUGAUCCCCGCUAAAUUGAUCAAAGCUUCUUUAGUACAGCGUAAAACUCUAAAUCCAAAGUGGAAUGAAAAAUUUCAAUUUAUUGUGGAUGAUGUAAAUGCUGAUCGUUUUCACAUGGAUAUUUGGGAUCAUGAUGACGAAGAGAAAUCGGUUAUGGAUGCUGUCAGUUCAUUAAAUCAUAUUUCGGGUCUAAAAGGUCUUGGACGUUAUUUUAAAGAAGUUACACAGAGUGCACGUGCUGAUAAUGAUGGUUGCACGGAUGACUUUCUUGGAUGUGUUACUCUGCAAAUUAAAGACAUACCGUCUACUGGUAUUGAAAACUGGUUUACUUUAGAGAAACGGUCCGAACGAUCUGAAGUUUCUGGACAACUUUGGUUAAGUACAAAAGAAGAAAGGAAUGAAAGAAGUGAUGAUGUUACUACGGAUGUAAAGCAGCAUGUUGGUUUGAUACAGCAGUUUGCAAUUCAUGAAAUCAGGCGUUCGAAAAUACCGGUAGCGGCAUUUUCUGGAUCUCUACCAGCAACAGCGCACUCAAUUCUUCAUCAACAUGCUAUACAAGGAGACUUAAUCGAGCUUCAUGAAGCUCUUUGUUAUUGGCUAGCAUACAGUGCAAUGUUGCACAUUGGCCUUUCAUAUACCUUGUUAACGACUGUAUUGUCGCGUUUGAUUGCAAAAUGGGAACCACUCAUCAUUGAAAAGGAUGAAGAAAAUAUGUUAUGCGAUUCGCUAAUUACCUUUGAUAAUCACUGCCGAAUAGCUAUUAUUGAUCACAGACGACGAUUUCCAGCUAAAAAGCAUACUUCAAUUGAUUUAUUAACGAAUUUACUUAGAUGUUUCAAAUUGAUGCGAGAAAGUCAGCUAUUUGAAAAAUGUUUUCCAUGUGAACGGUAUUUUAAAGUAACCAUUUCGACAUUGCUUGAGAGAUCGGCAGAAAGCUUUUUCAAAGAAGCUCUACAAGACGCCAGAAAUGAGGACGCAUGCGUUGAGUUUUUGCGUCUGUUGAAUUUUUUAAAUUCAGCUUGCUUAAUGUUUCCAGCCUAUACAUCUCUAUUCAAAACAUUAACUGGUGUUGAUUAUGCGUCAGUCACUUAUGUCCAGUUUAAAAGAUUGCUGAGUGAAUAUCUCUGUUCAGAACUGAUGAGUGAAAAUGCGUACGAUCUUAAAAGCUUGCUGAUAGAAGCAGUAAAGAAAGAUGAUGACAACGGAAGAUCGUUGGUUUUGUUAAUAAAAAUUCAUCUUGCACUAAAUGAAUUCAGAAUACAUCAUGAUCCAGAUCGAAAGAAUGAUACGGAUGCUGAUGAUUUGGGUUACAUAUUUGAUAAGGCGAUAUCGAAAUGGGUUGAUCUUGUGCGAGUUCGAGCAUUUGUUAGAGUAGAUCUCGCAUGUCAGCUCGAUGUUAGCAUACAGGGAACCAAUAGCGCAGUGAAACAGACAUCAUCUUAUGUUGAUAUUUGUCACAUGAUUGAGAAGAUCAUUUUUACAUGGGAACGGAUGAGAGUAUCAGAUAUUCGUGCUCGUAUUGAUUUAACGAGCAAGAUUAUACAAAGUAUCUGUAAAAUUGCUGAAUACUAUGUUGAUCAUAUAUUUGUACACCUAGCAUGCGAUGGAUUUUGUAGCGAUUUACAAGAAUUUUUACCAACUGCAUUGCUUAAUAUGUUUUGCUGUGCAAUCAACAAUGCAGAACAAGCACGACGUGGUUUAAUGAUUCAUAGCAAAUUACGUCUUGAUGAUCUCAAUACUUUGCAGUAUAAACUUUCUGGGUCAAAUUCCGACUGGAGGCAAAAAAUUGAGCAUGAACUUGACGAAUGUGACCACUACAUAAGUACACAAAUAGCUGCAACAAUUCAACGUUUCACAAAACGGCUUGAUAAACAAUUCAAAAAGCAUGUUUUUCAUUUAGCUUGGAGUCCUUCUGCUUGUCCUAUUGAAACUGCCAUUAAACCGCUUACCGACAUGUUGGACUCUGAGCUCACUUCAUUGCAUCGGGCAUUACUUCAUAAAAAUUUCACAAGAGUAAUGCUGAGUCAAUUUAAUGCUAUUGUACCUCUCUUACAAGGAUGUGUGAAUGAAAAUCCUGGCUUAGAUACAGUCUUUUAUCAACGAUUAUCUGAUGCCAUAACAAUUCUGGUUGAUUUUUUCCAUGCAAAUGGUAAAGGUAUACCAAUGGAAACAUUCGAGCGCUUUUCUGAUUAUCAGAAUUUAGUAUCGGCUUUAACCAUGAAUCAGUCUGCAACAUCACAUUUAAUUGAACAGUAUUAUCAUUCUUUACUAAAAGAACAGAACGAAGCUACUGAAUGCAAAUAUGGAAUAUUGAACGUUCGAGCAUAUUACAAUAACAAUUCGCAGACGCUGGUAGUCGAUGUCUUGGGAGCAAAGCAAGUUAUACCAUUAGAUACUAAUGGACUGAGCGAUCCGUUCGUUAUCAUUGAACUCGUUCCUCGCAUAUAUUAUCGUCAGAAACCUGUAAUGAAAACUCGCAUUGUUAGCAGAAGCCUCAAUCCAAUUUUCGAUGAAACAUUUGAAUUUCAUAUUUCAAGUAAAGUACCACAGUGUGCUAUGGUGCAUUUUAUUGUGAUGGAUCAUGACUUUUUGCGAUCAAACGACUUUGCUGGUGAAGCAUUCUUAGAUCUCGCUGAUGUUCCAGGCAUAAAUACCAAUGUUGGUUCUGCACUUCGACAAUUCAAUCUAAUUCUCAUACAUCCUUCAAGGAAAGGCAAGUUACUUUUGUUGAUUUACACAUAA